GGAAGCCGCAGUAGCUCAGUUGGCAACGCCGAUCAAUUCUCCUGUCUUUUUUUUCUUUCCAUUACCAAAACGUCGUACGCAAUGAGAGGGGACCGCGGCAGGGGUCGAGGAGGCCGCUUUGGGUCCCGUGGAGGACUGGUCCAGGGCCUCUCUUCCACACGGGAACGGCGUACUUGGUGACCUGAAACAGUAUUUUUUGAGCACGGCUUCCAGAGUGGGGAAAAUCUGAAAACGCCGGCUUGCAGUUGCCGUGUAGACAGGCAAUACGACAACGUCACCCACCCAACGCUACCCGUCACGUGACCAGAAGAACAACGAGCUCCGCUGGUGAAACAACAACAACAGCAGCAAUGGCGGACUUCAGAGCUUUGUUUGUGCUGCAGUUGGCGCUGUUAGCAAUAUUGCAACAAAACCUCACCGCCCUCUAUGAACUACGCAUGGAGCAGAGACGCAUACACAAUCACAUGUGUCGGAUUCUUUCAAACCCGCCGCGGUGUCCAACAAGAAGGGCCACCAGAAGAAGGUUUUGGGUGAGACCUGGAAGAACUAGCAGCUGGUGGGAAAACUUUGUGGAUGGCGUCGUCGUGGACGAUGACUGGAGAGCGAAUUUUCGCAUGUCCAAAGCUUCUCUUUUGGCCCUGAGUGAAGAACUUCGUCCUCACAUCGAAGGCCAAACGACGAACAUGAGAGAAGCAAUUGGGCCAUUAAAAAAGGUCGCAUGCACGCUGUAUUAUUUGAAUGACGAGGAAAGUCUUCGGAAGACGGCUAACUCCUUCGGACUGUCGCGACAGGCUGUAUCCGUUGUGGUAAGACAGACAUGCAAAGCCAUCGCUCUCCACCUCGGUCCAAAAUACAUCAAGCUACCUUUCGCUGAGCACGAGGCAGAAGAGCUUGUUUCGGGCUUUUGUCGUGUACACGGCAUGCCACAAUGUUUGGGAGCGAUCGAUGGGACUCAUAUUGAAAUCAGACAGCCAUCUUCCAAAUCCAUGGAGUACAUCAACAGCAAGGGGAAACAUUCACUAAAUGUACAAGCUGUGUGUGACUACAAAUACCGAUUCAUGGAUGUAGUUAUAAAGUGGCCUGGCCGUACGCACGACGGGCAAGUGUUUGCCAACUCGCAGCUAAACUCCUUUUUCAAAACCGGCAAGAUCCCACCCUUGAAAAGGCAGCUAGUGGAGGACGAGGACCCCAUACCCAUAUUUCUGUUGGCCGACUCAGCCUAUCCACUAUUGCCUAACCUGAUGAAGGAGUAUUCCAACGGUGGCUCCACACCUCAAGAGCAGUACUUUGGGUUAUGUUUGCGUAAGGCCCGCAUGGUCAUCGAGUGUGCUUUUGGUCGACUGAAAGCUAGAUUUGCAGCCCUGAAAAGGGCUAUGGACAUCAACUUAAAUGAUCUUCCGUAUGUGAUUUAUGCUUGCUUUGUUCUCCACAACUACUGUGAGGCCAGUAAAGAGACCAUAGAUGAACACGUUGUGCUGAGCGCCAUGCAAAGUGACCAGGAAGUCCAGCCUUCCACACAGUGCAGCGAUAACCUGACCGACUGCAACGAGGCAGAGGGAAAGAGAGUCAGAAGAGUGGUCACAAAGUUCCUUCACCCUUGAACAAACUGCUUUAGUAUGUACUACCUUUUGCUGUACUACUACUUUGGCAUAUAUUUCAUAUAUUUUCUGCUUUUUUGUUU